UAGUUAAUCAAGCAGAAUUACGAUGUUGUUUACGUUGAUAUAAUUAUCGUAGUUUUUCGAAAGUACGUAUAUCGACGUACUUUAUCAUUCCCAAAUUUAGGACAACUUAUAAUAAACAAAAAGUCAAUUUGACUUGCCUAUAGAUCUUCGAGAACAACUUUAUAAGUUUACUAGUGAAAGUUGUUGACUAAAGUUACUGAUGUGGGUCAGUCAACUUGCGGCGUCGGACUUUGAUUGCGCUGCGUUGGAGUUAUAUUUUGAAGUCACUAUCCCGAUAACAAGAAACUGAUUACGUUUUCCUUUUGUUAAUCAUAUAAUCAUUUAAUCAUCUCUCUGUGUGUCUGUCUUUAUCAUAAAAUUUUAAACCAUAGUAACAGAUAAAAUUCUAAUGUCAUAAAACUUCGAUAAAAACUUUGACUUUGUACCCCGAUUUGAAUAGCCGCAGUUCUAAAGUCCUCGGCGCUAAGUGAAGUGGUUUGGCAAGUUAUUUAAUAAAGAUAGAAAAAUGGCGAAGGACCAAGGAGUUGAUGAACAGUUAAAGUUGUAUCUACCAGACCUGCCUAAAGGUCCUUUGGACAGAUACCGGGAAAAAGCGACUUUCGACUGGCGACGCAUGAAACUGGCUUAUGACAACUUAAACACAUUAAAAUUGAAACAUGACAUUUGGAGUUUUAUGGAGAGUCAUCCACUGUUCAAACACACUGAAGCAACUCGAGUUUUGGAUGAAGAGAGGAAUAUUGCCACAAAGCGGAUGUACACAAUCUAUAAUGAACAGUUUUUGCGCUUUGAAAAGAUCGCCGAAGACCCUAAAACAUUCCAAGCUGAAAGCGAAGCCUUAUUCAUGUUCGACAGUUCCCUAGCAGUGAAAGUAUCCCUGACCUUCAGGAUGUUCAGUAAUGCUAUCCAGGGCAACGGGAAGAGCCAUCACUACCCCAUUAUCGAAGAUGUGGAGAAAGCCAAGAUUGGCGGCUGUUUCGCCUUAACUGAGGUGUCCCACGGGUCCAAUGCUAAGGGAAUGAGGACCACAGCCACUUAUAUCCCGGAGAAGAGACAGUUUGUCAUGCAUAGUGCUGACUUUGAGGCUGCUAAGUGCUGGGUUGGGUCGUUAGGAAAAUGCGCAACUCACGCGAUUGUUUACGCCAUGUUGAUAUCGAAAGGGAAGAACCAUGGUCUUCAUACGUUCGUCGUUCCUAUCAGAGACCCCAAAACUUUGAAACCAUACCCUGGGGUCAUUGUGGGUGACCUUGGAGAGAAAAUUGGACUCAAUGGAGUUGAUAAUGGUUUUGUCAUGUUCAAUAACUACCACCUGCCUAAGGAGGCAGCAUUGGACAAGUUGGGUGGAGUCGACGAUAAUGGGGAUUACAAAACACCAUUUAGAGAUCCUAACAAGAGGUUCGGAGCAGCCCUAGGAAUCUUAUCAGGUGGUCGAGUCCACAUUACAGCUAUAUCCACUUACUACCUGCAGAAAGCCAUCGUCAUUGCCAUCAGGUACUCCGCAGUGAGGAAGCAGUUCGGCCCUGAGAAUGCUAAAGAGGAAACUCCAGUCUUGGAGUACCAGCAACAACAAAUCCGUCUCCUACCGUACUUGGCAGCCACGUACGCUAUGAAGAUAUUCUCCGUGUGGCUCAGUUGUCUACACAUCAACAUGACUAUCAGCAGCUAUGUCGGUGAAGAUCCGAAUGCGGCGGCUCGUGGUAUAGAGUUGCACGCGUUGUCGUCGGCCGUGAAGCCAUUGUUCGGCUGGACCUCGAGGGACGGCAUACAGAACUGCAGGGAGGCCUGCGGGGGACACGGGUACUUGAAAGCGGCGGCUAUCGGCGACCUGCGCAACGACAACGACGCGAACUGUACGUACGAGGGGGAGAACAGCCUGCUGCUGCAGCAGGCCAGCAACUGGCUGCUCGCCGUCUGGCCGCGCCGGGAUCGACUACAGCCGGCCGACUCCCCGCUCGGCUCGCUAAGCCUCCUACAAGACGCCGACCAGCUUCUCCGAGAAAAAUGCUCCUGGAACACCGUCCAGGAAUUCACGGAGCCAGCUAAUUUGAUCCACGCAUACAAAUGGCUGACAGCGUUCAUGCUGAAAAUGACAGCGGAGAAGGUGGCACUACUGAAGAGCAAGGGCAAAGACAACUUCUCAGCCAAGAACGAGUCACAGUCUUAUAACGCGGUCACUCUAUCUAUGGUCUAUGGAGAGAACUACGUACUGAACAAUUUCUAUAAAGCUGCGCAGGAGUUUGACGACGUUAACUGUCGCGCCGUCUUACUCAAGUUGGUGGCUUUGUACGGAGCCUUCCUAUUGGAGAAACAUUUGGCCACGCUUUACAUUGGCGGUUACCUGACGGGGGAGCAAGGGUUAUGUCUCCGCGACGGUAUCCUACAGCUUUGUGCCCAGCUGACUCCUGAGGCUGUCUCUCUCGUCGACUCCCUAGCGCCUCCAGACUUCUGCCUCAAGUCCGUACUUGGAAUGUCCGACGGAGAAGCGUACAAACACAUCCAAUCCAGUGUGAUGACGUACCCGGGAUCAAUGACCCGGCCCGAGUGGUGGCGCGACGUAGUCUACUGGCAGUCCUACGCACCCUCCAAGCUGUAAACUACCCUAUUCACCGAGCAAUAAAGACGAGAAUCAACUGUGCAUAAUAAUUUAGUCACAAUAUUUUUAUUGAUUUUAAUGUUGGUGUAAGAUUUUCUAGAAUAAUGAAAAAGCAUAAUUUUGAAGAUAGAAUAUUGCUUAUAUCGAACCUUUAAGGU